AUGGCGGUUGGCAUGACGAGGGUGUUACGUGAACUUUGGAGAGUAGUACUGGUCAAUGAGUCUGCUCUUUGGGGUCGUGCAGUCGGCAAUGAAGAGUGUGAAAUGGGUGUGGCUGAGGAGAUGUGGCAGGACAUCUCGGAAUUUCUGUCUGACGAGAAGUUUAAAAUUGACGACGCUAUCCAAGGAUGGGAUGCUGCGUUGUCACCGUUGACAACGGCUCGAAUCAAUAAUCAGCAUUCCUGCUCUUUACAGCUCUGUAAUGAGGGGUCACUGUAA